AUGUUGAAGCCCUUCACUUCCCACCACAUGCCUAUGACUAUUAGGGUCGGGUUUAUCCCGGCUAAUAGGAGUUUACUCCUCAAGUUUGAGUUCCGAGAGUUGUGCAUCGAUGAGUGUAAAGUGAUUGAAGCUUAUAAAUUAUGUUCUUUUUCUGCAGACACGUUUAGGAAAAGGAUUGAACCUAUUAAAGAGAAAAUUCCGAAACAUGUCCUAGAAGUCAUAGAAGAAGAGCUUGCGAACCUUGAUAGGAAAGAAUACGGUCUUGGUAGCACCAGUAGUAUCUAUAGCUACCUUGAUUGGUUGACUGCGUUGCCUUGGGGAAAAUGCAGUGAUGAGAACUUUGAUGUCCUACGGGCAGAAAAGAUUCUUGACGAGGAUCACUACGGAUUACGUGUUGUAAAAGAAAGAAUACUAGAGUUUAUUGCUGUUGGAAAUCUUACAGGCAAUCCAGAGGGGAAGAUCAUUUGUCUCUCUGGCCCUCCUGGGGUAGGAAAAACUAGUAUUGCUCGUUCUGUCGCACGUGCUCUUGGCCGCAAGUUCUUUCGGCUAGCUGUUGGAGGAGUAUCUGAUAGUUCCGAGAUCAAGGGGGACCGUAGAGUAUACAUUGCUGCCACGCCCGGAAAGAUGGUGCAAUGUCUAAAGAAAGUUGGAACAGAGAAUCCUCUUGUUCUGCUCGAUGAGAUUGAUAAGCUUGGAAAGAGUCGUAGAGAUCCAGAGGGUGCGUUCUUGGAGCUUCUUGACCCAGAGCAAAAUGCACAUUUUCUAGAUCACUUUCUUGAUGUUCCUAUCGACUUAUCAAAGGUUUUGUUUGUAUGCACAGCAAACAAUAUAGAUAGGCUUCCAGGUCCUCUACUAGACAGGAUGGAGGUUAUAGAACUCGCAGGGUACACUGCCGAUGAGAAAAUGCAUAUUGCUAGAGACUAUUUGGUGAAAACUGUACAAAGAAAAUGUGGCAUGAAGCCUGAACAAGUUGAUGUGAGCGAGGCGGCUCUUCUUUCCUUGAUAGAAAACUACUGCAGAGAAGCAGGAGUUCGAAAUCUCCAGAAGCAUAUUGAAAAGAUUUUUCGUAAGAUUGCUCUUAAACUUGUACGCCAACAAGCAUCCGCCAAAGCGGUUUUGGACGAUUUUAUGUCCUCUGGUGAAGGAUCCAUUGAGAUGCUACAUGAAUAUUUACGAUUAAAGGAAUUAGAAUACGCACUUGGUGGGGGUCCAAUGAUGGAGAAGAGCAGAGCGGUAGCUGAAAAGUUUACUAUUGAUGAAUCAAACCUUGCAGAUUAUCUAGGCAAACCGGUUUUCGAACGAGGGAAGCUGUAUGAGCAGACGCCAGUCGGCGUGGUAAUGGGUCUAGCGUGGACAUCCAUGGGCGGCUCAACGUUGUACAUUGAGACAACCUUUGUAGAAGAAGGCAAAGGUGGUCUUCACAUAACGGGUCACCUUGGGAGAGUGAUGAAAGAAAGCGCAGAGAUAGCUCACACAGUUGCCAGAAGAAUAAUGUUUGAUAAAGAUCCCAAGAACCUCUUCUUUGCAAACUCCAAGCUUCAUUUACAUGUUCCUGAAGGAGCCACGCCAAAAGACGGUCCAAGCGCAGGCUGCACAAUGAUCACAUCUUUGCUGUCACUUGCCAUGAAGAAGCCUGUGAGGAAGGAUCUUGCAAUGACCGGUGAAGUCACCCUGACCGGUAGGAUUCUUCCAAUUGGCGGCCUUAAGGAGAAGACUAUGGCUGCAAGGCAGAGUCAAGUGAAGGUGAUAAUAUUCCCAGAGGCUAACCGGAGAGAUUUUGAGGGUCUUGAGGAAAGCGUUAAAGAAGGGCUCGAUGUUCAUUUUGUCGAUGAAUAUGAGCAGAUCUUCGAGCUAGCCUUUGGCUAUGACCAUUAG